AUGAAUCCUUUACCCAAGUUACCUCCACCAUUUCCCCAAAGUUUGAAAAAUAAGAAUGAAGAUGAGAAGUUCAAAAAAAAUUUGUUAGUAGUCAAGAGCUUAUCAAUUAACCUUCUUCUGGUAGAAGCAUUGUUGGAAAUGUUGCGAUACGCCAAAUUCAUGAAAGAACUGGUUACAAAGAAAAGGAAUUUGGACUAUGAAACGAUUGAGGUGCCCCAUAGUUGCAAUGCAAUUAUGACAAAUGAUUCAAUCACUAAGAGAGAAGAUCCUGGCGCAUUCACAAUCCCGUGCACAAUUGGCAUGCUCCAAUUCGCUAAAGCCUUGUGCGAUUUAGGAGAAAGCAUCAAGUUGAUGCCCUAUGCAAUAUACAAGCAACUUGGUUUGGGUAAACAAAAGCAAAACACAAUGAGACUCCUUAUGGAUGAUCGAUCAAUCAAGAACCCAGUGGGGAUACACUAUGAUAUAUUGGUAAAAGUGGAUCGGUUCAUCUUUCUGGCUGAUUUUGUGAUACUAGAUUGUGAGAUCGAUGCUGAAAUCCCUAUUAUUUUGGGAAGGCCAUUCUUAGCCACCGAAAGAGCAUUGGUGGAUGUCGAAAGUGGGAAAUUGAAAUUCCGCGUGAACGAUGAUGACGUGACCUUCAAUAUCUGCAAAUCCAUGAAACAACCAAGUAAUAUCCAUGUAGUGUCCACUGAGGAUGUUAUAGACGAGGCAGUGGCAAGUGUUAGCCAUUUAAUGCGCAAGAAUGAAGCCCUUGAUGAAUCCAAAGUUCAAGGUUACGAGGAAGUGGUAGUUGCUUUAUCAGGGUUAGGAGCAUAUUCAAGGAAUCCAAUCAAGUUGGAUAACGACCUGAAGAAUAGAGAAAGUCCUCUUGCAAAGCCAUCAACAGAAGAACCACUGAAUCUAAAGUUAAAAGCCAUACCCUCUCAUCUUAAAUAUGCCUUCUUAGGAGCCAAUAAUACUUUACCGGUAAUUAUUGUCGCCGAUCUUCUUGAAAGGCAGGUGAAAUUGCUCCCUGAAGUACUGCGGAAGCAUAUAAAAGUUAUUAGAUGGACAAUAGCUGAUAUAGUAGGAAUUUCUCCUGGCAUCUGUACUCACAAGAUUCGGUUCGACAAUGAACGUAAACCUAGUGUGGAACAUCAACGGAGAUUGAACCCUCCAAUGCAAGAGGUGGUGAAAAGGCUUAUGCAUGAAUUGAAGUGA